UGCAACCCCGCCGGAAAAAAUGUCCCUGCACCUUCUCUUUCUCCUUUCCUUGGCCUUCCAUGCAAACGCCCAGCCUCCUGCUGCUGGUUCAGAACAAUCCAUUCUACUUCAACUGAAGCAAUUCUGGUCCAACCCACCUUCCCUCAACCACUGGUCAUCUUCUCCGAACUCAACCGCCGCCCACUGCGACUGGCCGGAGAUCACCUGCACUGCCGGCUCAGUCACCGGACUUGCACUUGGCCACAAAAGCAUCACUGGUCCAUUCCCGCCGUUCAUCUGCGACCUUAGAAACCUCGUCGCCAUUGAUCUCCAGGACAAUAACAUCCGCGGAAAGUUCCCAACGGCUCUCUACAACUGCUCCAGGCUGGAAAUUCUCGACCUUUCACAAAACUACUUCGUCGGAGAAAUACCCGGCGACGUCGACCGACUGUCGCCUCUGCUCCGGUCGUUCAACGUUAGCGGUAAUAACUUCACAACUAUUCCGCCAGCGAUAGGAAGGUUCCCGAAGCUGAGAAUUCUCCGGCUUUUUCUCAACGAGUUCAACGGCUCUUUCCCGCCGGAAAUUGGCAACCUGUCUAACCUUGAAUAUUUGGAGAUGUCUUUCAAUCAUAAUUUUGAGCCGAUGGCGGUGCCUUCGAGCUUUACGCAGUUGACGAAACUGAAGCAACUGUCGAUUAGAGAUGCGAGAUUGAUCGGAAAAAUCCCGGAAACAAUAUGGAAUUUGACUGCUUUAGAGAUCCUCGACCUGUCAAUCAAUGGCUUGACCGGUUCCAUUCCAAGCGGUGUAUUUCAGUUGAAGAACUUAGCUACAAUUUAUCUGUUCAUAAAUCAGUUGUCUGGUGACAUUCCUCGGUCAAUUCAAUGUCCAAAUUUGAAGAUAAUUGAUUUAUCUGAAAACAGCUUGACGGGAACAAUACCCCAAGGUUUUGGAAAGCUGACAAAGUUGACGGAAUUAGGUUUGUUUAUGAAUCAAUUUUCCGGUGAAGUACCUGAAAGAAUAGGCCGGAUUCAGUCGCUGACACUUUUUAAGUUGUUCAACAAUAACUUCUCAGGAGUACUACCACCUGAGCUCGGGCGGUACUCGAAGCUCAACCUAUUUCAUGUCUCAAACAACCAAUUCUCCGGCCAGUUGCCGCAGUUCUUGUGUGCUAAUGGUGCACUGACCAGUGCAAUAGCUUUUGGCAACACUCUCUCCGGCGAGCUGCCGAAAUCACUUGGUGAUUGUAGGAGCCUGCUCUCCCUCAGGGUUCAUGGCAAUAUACUUUCCGGAAGCAUUCCACCUGGUUUGUGGACAUCACCCUCUCUGAGAACAUUGACGCUUCAAGAAAAUUCAUUUUCCGGUCAUCUUCCAGACAAAUUGGGGUCGAAUUUAUCGCGACUGGAGAUCAGUAACAACCGCUUUUCCGGUGAAAUCCCGGCUGGGAUUUCAUCCUGGUACAAUUUGAGCUUCUUCAAUGCAAGCAACAACCUCUUCACUGGCUCAAUUCCUCAAGGAUUGACGGCUCUUUCUAAUCUGAACAUUCUGUUGCUUGAUGGAAAUCAACUUUCUGGGCGUCUUCCAACAGAUAUGGUCUCAUGGAAAUCUCUAAAUGCCUUAGAUCUCAGCGGAAACCAUCUCUCAGGCCCAAUUCCUGCCGAAAUUGGCUCUUUGCCCACCCUCACUGGUCUGGACUUGUCAAGGAAUCAGUUUUCCGGCCAAAUCCCACCUGAGAUUGGCAAUUUGAGGCUAAAUUCACUCAAUCUAUCUUCCAAUCACCUCACAGGGAGGAUCCCAGUUGAGUUUGAGAAUGCAGUUUAUGACAAGAGCUUUUUGAACAAUCCCGGUCUUUGUGCAAGUAAUCCAUCAUUUGGGUUACAAGUCUGCUCUUUGGGAUCUCAAAACUCGAGCAAAAUAUCCCCUCCGCUCCUGGCAGUAAUUGUCAGUAUAGCAGUGCUCGUGUUAGCUACGAUCUCCGUGAUCUUCGUGGUCAGAAGAAGAAUUUGCUGAAAAAAGAGCCUGGUCGGGAUGAAGAGGCUAUUUAGCUUAGCGGUUUGACCGCUUAUAAGCUGCAUAAAUAACUUUUCAACUAAGCCACAUUUUUAGAUGAAGUAUUUGAUAAUACAAAUUAACUUAAAAGUUAAAUAGUUUAAACACUACCAUAAUAGUGUUUGAGGAAAGCUAGUACCCCCAACUUCUACUAAAAAAGCUAUUGUGUUAACUAAUGCUAAUA